AUGUACGAAGUUAAACGUGGCGUAAAGAAUUCCCGUGACGUUGGUCGAAUUGUAAGUUUUGAUAACAAAACGGAAAUGGAUGUAUGGGGCGGAGAUGAAUGUAAUCGUUACAAGGGCACCGAUUCAACUAUAUUUCCACGUGAUAUACAAAAAGAAGAUGGUUUGUGGAGCUAUGAACCGGAGAUAUGUAUGUCAAUUGGUGCUCAUUAUGAUAAGGAAUCUAAUUACCAAGGAGUACCGACUAUCCGAUUCGCAUUGGAUUUUGGUGAUGCUAGAAAGAAUAAAGAUUUGCAAUGCUAUUGUGGAGAUCCACCGAACGAUUGUCCGAGACGAGGAACGCGAAAUUUGUUCGAUUGUAUUGAUGCACCACUCAUAUUAAGCUUACCACACUUCUACAAUGCCGAUCCAUCAAUACUUUGCCAAUUUCAAUCCGGGCUAAAUCCGAAUCAAAAUGACCAUGCGUUCUAUAUGGAUUAUGAAAGAGCCUCAGGAAGUGUACCUAAUGCUGCCAAACGAUAUCAAAUCAAUAUGGAUGUUGUGCCAAUAGACGAGGUUGAAUCAAUGAAGCAUUUACCGGAAGUUAUAAUGCCUUUAUUUUGGAUCGAAGAAAUCACAACAUCAGCGCCACUUAAAAACUAUACUCACACCAAUACGCAAAAUUUCCAACAAUACAAUUUGUGA